UUGGGAUUGGGAUUGGGAUUGAUUGGGAUUGGGUCUGGUUCUGGUUCUGGUCCCGCUCCGAUGCAAGACAAAGUCUCUACUAGAACACCCCACUUCAAUCCCGAUUGCAAUUGCGUUCGUUCAUGGGUGGUGGUGGUGGUGGUGUUGACAGUUAGCAGUGUCAUAAUGUGGCGGUCAUCAAUCACUUCUCAUCAUCUCAUCAUAAUGCAUCUUCCCAUGCAAUUGUCUCGAACAAUUCCCCUUCCCCUCAUCUCCUACCCCUCCUCCGUACAAACGCCCGUACAAAUUAUAAUUCUUGACCCCCUAAAAAAAAGCUUCCCUAAAUAGAAGCUAUUAUUGUUGCCAGCUCAGCCCAUUUCCCCGCCGGUCCAAAACCCACAGACCU